AUGUCAAUUUGCUUGAAGACUAGUGGGGAUGGUUUUUCCCCGACAACGUCGUACGGGUUGAUUGGUUUGGCACUGGUUGUGGCCGGCGCCUGGGCCGUCUUCAAUAUUCCUUCCUUCAUGCAAGCCCUUGCCUUCGCAUUCGACACCGACGUUACUGGCAGUGAGCUGUACCAGAACGCCAAAUUGACCCAGGCCAUUGCCUACGUCUGUAUCGGCCUGGGCCUCUUCAUUUUCCUUGUCUCCUUCUUCGGGUGCUGUGGUGUCGUUACCGACAGCUGUUGCCUUCUCAUUACUUACGCUGUGGUUGUCAGUCUGCUCUUCCUUGCAAAGGUCAUCUGUGUUCUCGUUUUCCUACUACUCGGUGAAAAGAUCUCACCAAUCGUUAUUGACAAAAUUCAAGACGGUUUUUCUGCAAACUACAAGGGCUACUUGGGUCUGCCACAUCAAGAUGAUUCCACGUCUUAUUCGCAGACGAUGGACACCAUCAUGCUGAAUUUCCAGUGCUGUGGGGUGUACGGUCCGCAGGACUUUGAACAAGUAAGGACCUCGGCGCUGUGGCAUGAAGUAGGUCGACUGUAUGUCAACGCAGAGAGUCGAGAGAUUACCGGGGAUGCCGUCGGCUUGCCCGUUGCCUGCUGCCAAUUCCGCAACAUUGAUUUCCCCAUGAACUCUACAUUUCACCAACUGCAUCGGAGCAUGAAGAACACGCAGUGUCCAGUUAAGCCAGUGUCCGCCUACAAUACAAUGGGCUGUGUCGAAAGAAUAUCUUCCACUCUGAAACAGUACACAGUGGCAAUUGCAGUAGCACCGGUAAUAAUCGCUGUUAUCGAAGUGAUAGGCGUAAUUUUGGCCAGCGCAUUGGCCCACGAAGUGAAGCAGGAUAGAAAGGACAAACAGGCAGACAGAAAGAGACGAAAGGUCUCGUACAUAGCCAUGAACACAAGACACUCAUCCUCUCUUGCAAUCAUUUGUGAAUUUCUAAUGAACCACACCUCAAGAAUGAUCACCGGCGUUCAGUAUGACAACCUGUAA